UCCUUCAUCUGAUGAAAAAAAUGAUCAUUAUCUUAAAUAUUUAUUGUUUUUGAUGAGUUUCUUCUAUUUAUUUAUGCAUUUUAUGGAGCAUAAUUUUCUUUACAUUUUGUCAAAAUAAUCAUUAUUUAAAUCUCAGAACGCAGAUCACUGGCAAGGAUUUUUUGCACGUUUUUAGAAUCACAAUUUUUGCUUUUCCUAGGCAUGUUAUGGGGUGGUUUCUUUUUGUUAAUUUUCUGCAUUGUUUUGUAUUUCAUUCUUGUCAGUUUUCAAUUCGAAAUCUCUCUCUCUCCCUCUCCCUCUCCCUCUCCCAUAAAGUUCAAUAGUCAAAUGCAAUGAAUAUGUUCCAUUACAUAUCCAAAGAAAAAAUGGGUUCCGCCAUUAAAAGUUUAAGCUAUUAGCUGCCCCCAUUUAGUCUAAAUUCUCAUCUUCCAAUCUUUUCCUUCAUUUUUUUUAAGGGUUUGGGCUUAAUUCAUGGCUGACACUGGUAGUCCUGGUAGCCCUGAGAGCCCCCAUUCAAGCGAACAUACUUCUCAAUCCAAUGUAAGAGAUCAGGACCGAUAUCUUCCGAUCGCAAACAUCAGUCGAAUAAUGAAGAAGGUUAUACCGGCUAAUGGAAAGAUUGCGAAAGAUGCCAAGGAGACUGUCCAAGAAUGUGUAUCAGAAUUCAUUAGUUUCAUUACUAGCGAGGCAAGUGAUAAGUGCCAAAGAGAAAAGAGGAAGACCAUUAACGGUGAUGAUCUUUUAUGGGCAAUGGGCACAUUGGGGUUUGAGGAUUACAUUGAUCCACUUAAGAUCUAUUUACAGAUCUAUAGAGAGAUGGAGGGGGACACUAAGGGUUCUUCGAAAGCUGGGGAGCAGUCUGGGAAGAAAGACAAUGUUGGAGUGCCAACAGGUUCAAACAUUCCGCUUGGGUACCAGGGACAAUAUGACCCAGGAAUGGAUUAUAUAAACUCACAGAUAUUCAGAAGCCAAUGAGUAAUUUUGGAGCAGCCUUCUUUCGAGGAAUACAGUUUGACAUCCUGGAACAGUCUUAUAGCAAUGAUGCACUACAUGUACUUACCUUUUACCAAUUUUUAAACUUUUUAAAAGGCGAUCCCAUAAUAGAUAAUCCCAAACUUUUCUUCUCACUCCACUCUAUUUUUGGAUCUUAUCUUUUUACGUAUUUCUCAUUUCAUUUUUUGGAUCUAUAUGUAUGGUUCGAAGCCACUUUGUCCAGGUAUACACCAACAUUGUGGCGAAUUUUUUAGCUUGACUUUUGUCAUUUUUUUUGUUAAAUUCCACCCUCAUCUGUGGCAUAAACAAGCCUUGACAUUGUCUUUAAGAGGUAUCUUAAUUUUAUAUACUAUGUGGGAAUACUGUAAGAAGCAAUAAGGUAAAUUGAUGGACUUCCAAUUUUGUCUGAUUGUGACUAAAGUAGCAUUGAUGAUAAUCAACUAUGUAAAAAACAUGGGGUGGCCCUAUUUUAAUGAAGAUGACUGUUAUUUCCCGCA